GCAUCCCUAUUUUUCUUGUUUAAUUUGCAAAACACACGUGUAGAUCCAAAGCGGGCUGUUUUCUAACUUGGAUUCCGGAAUAUUUAGUUCGGACAAAUGGAGCCAGAAUCGGUUGUUCAAGAUAUUCCAACACUGGACCCUGCUGGUGCGAAAGAUGGAUGUAAAACAACAGAUGAGGGCACUGAUAAAACCAACGACGUUGAGAAAGAGGAUGAGUUUGCUUAUCUUGACGCUACCGGCUUUACAUCCGAACGCUUCAAAAUUGAAAUAAAGAAUCUGCCGAAGUAUUAUGGCAUUAGUGAAAUGAAGAAGCUGUUGAACGUAAAACUAAAGCUUUCAACAAACAAAAUAAAGAUAAUGCGACCAGGGUGUCCCUUUAUUUUUGUUUGCUUUCGAGAUGAAUCCGCUCGACAGGCGGCUAUUAAGGCAUUAGAUGGUUUCAUGUGGAAGGGCAAGAAGUUACACGCAAUCGAAGCAAAACCAUCCCCUGACCCGUUGGUCAAGCGAAGAAACGAAUCCGCCGGUGACGUAGUGAACAUCAAGAAGAGGAGAACUCUCGAAGAAUCGGUCACUGCUCUGUCGUACCUUAGUUACGAAGACCAGCUGAAGCAAAAACAAUCCGAGAUGAGGAAUGUAUUAACAUCUUUCGGUAACGAAGCUUGGCGCUCCUGUUCUUCUCUGAGGCCUUACAUUGAAGCGCAAAGGAAAGAACAUGAUGGGCUUCCCUGCCAACUUGAGGAUAUUCGUGCAUCCCCGAAAACGGAUGGUUACAGGAAUAAGUGCGAGUUUUCAAUUGGUAAAAAUGAGCACGGCGAAAUUCGAGUGGGUUUUCGCGUAGGAAGCUAUUCAAAUGGUUUCCUUGAAGUGGAAUCCCCCAAGAAUUUGAAAAAUGUCUCGGAUUCAAUGAAAUAUACAGUUGAGCUUUUCGAGGAAUACGUUCAGCAGUCCAAGUAUGAAGUAUAUAGUGCGGAGACAUACAAAGGCUAUUUCCGACAGCUGACUGUUCGAACAUCGACUGAUACUGGUGAGAUUAUGGUUGUCGUUGGUAUUCAUCCGCAAUCUCUAAGUAAGGAGGAACUGCAGGAGUUGAAAGACAGUCUGGUUCAAUGCUUCUCGACGGAGAAAGCUAAGGAAAUCGGAAUCAGUUCAAUAUACUUUGAACCAAUGGAAAAACGAAUGCCAGGACAGAAUGUAAAUUCUGUAGAACAUCUUUAUGGAGAGACACAUAUAGUUGAUGUUAUUCAUGGGCUCCAAUUUCGUAUUAGUCCAUUAGCUUUCUUCCAAAUCAACACUCCUAGUGCUGAGGUUUUAUAUCAAUGUGCAAUCGAUAUGGCACAGCCCUCGAAGCAAACAAGUAUUCUAGACAUUUGCUGUGGCACUGGGACGAUUGGACUUUGCUUCGCCAAACAUUGUAAACAGGUUCUGGGGGUCGAGAUAAUUCCACAAGCUAUUGAAGAUGCGCAGUACAAUGCAGAUCUCAAUAAGGUGGACAACUGUAAAUUUUACGCUGGAAACGCUGAUGAUCUUCUCACGUGUUUGAUUCGAAAUGCCAACAUUCAACAAGAUGAAAGUUUGGUAGCGAUUGUGGAUCCUCCCCGCGCUGGACUACAUAUACGUUCAAUCGCUCAAUUGCGAAAUGCUCGAGGACUCGAUCGUUUGAUCUACGUGUCAUGUUCGCCAAAAAGCGCAAUAAAGAAUUGGAUCGAUUUGAUGCGACCUUGCUCGAAGGAAUUACGCGGGCUUCCGUUUGUUGCCAAGAAGGCCAUCCCGGUGGAUAUGUUCCCACACACGCCCCAUUGUGAAUUGUUGAUCCUGUUUGAGCGCAAAACCGAACGAGAUGGAUCGGAUAAGGCAUUAUCAACGUCUGAAAACAAAACGAAUGAAGCCGACGAAGAAGAGCUCAAUUCGCAAACUCCGACAAAUGAGAGUGAAUCGACGGAAGAGAAGAAUGGUAACGUGCAAUCAACGGCGGGUAGUCCGGAGAAGAUUGAAGAAGAAAGUAAUAAGCAAGUUGGAUCAUAAAUUUUGUAAAACAUACAAUUUUUGUAAUAAACUGUAAUAAAGUGGAACGAUUUCACCCAAA